GUCUGAUGAGCGUAGUAUUCCGGCACCUUAACCUCACGUUCGGUUCAUCCCGCAUCGCCAGUUCUGCUUACCAAAACUGGCCCACUAGAAACUCUCAUUCGCAUGCCACUCGUUUAAAUCAAACAACAAGGGCUUCCGACACAUUUAAAGUUUGAGAAUAGGUUAAGGAUGAACCAGCUACCAGAUGGUUCGAUUAGUCUUUCGCCCCUAUACCCAAAUUUGACGAUCGAUUUGCACGUCAGAACCGCUACGAGCCUCCACCAGAGUUUCCUCUGGCUUCACCCUAUUCAGGCAUAGUUCACCAUCUUUCGGGUCCCAACAUACAUGCUCUUACUCGGUUCCUGCUUCACAGAGGAAUUCGGACCGGUCGAUGGUGCUUCCAGAGGAGUCCCACCUUCAUUCACUUUCAUUCCGCCCGAGGGUUUCAAUCACCCAAAGACUUGCAGGCAUGUUAGACUCCUUGGUCCGUGUUUCAAGACGGGUCGUUUAAAGCCAUUCUGCCAGCGUCCUACGACGGCGUUCCUCGGUCGGCCGGACUGUNUCGGUAGCAAGUCUAUAAACACACGUGCCGGAGCCCAUGCUACAUUCCAUGCCAUCUUUUCCAGUCCGACUGCCAACCGACGCUGGCCCGCCAAACGCGAGAGCGUCCGUCCCCCCGUUGCCGGAAAGACUGAACUCUCGCAGGCGUGUCUGACUUUAAUCGUUUCCCUUUCAACAAUUUCACGUCUGUUAACUCUCUUUCCAAAGUGCUUUUCAUCUUUCCCUCACGGUACUUGUUCGCUAUCGGUCUCUCGCCCAUAUUUAGCUUUAGAUGGAAUUUACCACCCCCUUUGAGCUGCAUUCCCAAACAACUCGACUCUUGGAGGGCCGCUCACAGAGCACUGGUCGAUCCGUGUCACGAACGGGGUUGUCACCCUCUUUGACGCUGUGUUCCAACAGACUCUGACACGGUCCAGCACAGAGCAUGCCUCUCGAGAUUACAAUUCGACUCGCCAACACGGCAAGC